AUGUUGCGUUCGGCAGGUUUUUUUGAGCAGCUGGAGUGCCCGUUCUCUCGAGCACUAGAUAGCUCCAGUACAUGCCAGCGCCCACAUUGCCAGUUUCUCCAUGUGUUUUCACGGGCGAGCGAGGGCGAAGCUGGGACAGAAGACGAAGAAACCGCAAAUGUGUCACAACCCGAUGCUACUGGGCCUCAAGAGGAAGACAAUGUAACAAGUCCUGAGACAUAUUGGGAUGCCUCUAAGGCGGUACUUCGAGAAGAAAUAAAAGUUUAUAUAGAUUAUGAUAAAAACAAUCGGAUACAGGACGUACAGUUAACUAACCAGCUUUCAAAUGCAUAUAAUGCCUAUGUUCGGGAAGCAUCAGCUAUAAAUUGGCAAAAGUAUCUACGGGCUAAAAAAGAAAGAGAAAUCUUCCUUCAGCAAAAUGCUACUAGUGAGGUUGUGAGAACCAAUGCGCGGUUAUAUAAAUUUGGAGCUAUAGGUAAAAAGAUACAGGAACUGGAGAAAAUAAAUAAAGCAAUUGAAGCUGUAAAAAAUGAAGUUGAAGAAAAGCAGAAGAAACUUUCGCUGUACAAGCAUGUUACUCAGGAUAUAAAUAAGGAUAUUGUACCUGAAAUUGAUAGCAACAGCAAUCUAUCAUAUGUAGAUGAGGAUGAGCAAUAUUCAAUGGUAAUAAAGAGAACUAAUUUGAUCACUAAUGGAAAUAGUUCAAAAAUAAGCAGCAAUUCAACAAAUAGUAAAAAAUAUGUGAUUGAUCGAAGAUGUCCAGCCACGGAUUUAGAGUAUGAUCCAUUGCUUAAUUACUCUGCAUGUGUUUUUGGGUCUUCCACAAAAGAGAGUGAAAACAGGUCUAAAAGAAAGUAUUUAAAUUGUGAUGAAGAUACAGUGGAAGAAACCAUAAAAAAAGCUAGAGCUGUAUCUCCAAUAAGGCUGGAAAUAAAAUUACAGGAAUCUGAUGACGAUGAUGUGCUUAUAAUAGAUGCCCCACCUCUCAAUGAAACUUCAAAGAAGCAAAGGGUUAAAAGGUUUAUAGAAAGUGAAGAAAAAUGUAAACCGUUUUGUGAAGAAGUGCCUGAAAACAAGGAUUCCAUAAAUACCACCGUAGAAAAUGAUUUUUUUGAACCUGGACUAGUUGAAAAGGAAAAUGCUUUUGUCAAAGAAAAUGUACCCUCUGUAUCCCUUUCUUCAAAGAUCUGCUUGCUUAAUAAUAUGGAUGAAAGUAUUGUUGACAGACCUAUUAAGGAAAUUAAUCAUAACAUAGAGUUAAUAGAAUUAAGUCAUUUUUCUAAGGGUUUAGAUGUACCAGAGCCUAAAGAAACAAAACCUGCCAAUAAAAAUGAAUUUUCAGAAACGUGUAACGAAAAUAUUCAAGAGCUAAUGCAAUUGAAAGAGGAUUUAAUUCCAAAAUAUAAUGAUCAUAUUAGUGAUUUACAAGAAAUCAGUGCAGAACAAAGUAGUUUAAAAGAAAAACAGAAAUUACUUGGCUCUGCUCAAGCUUUAGAGAGUAUCGCUAAUCAAAUGCCAACACAAGUGCCAGCUUUUGAUCAGUGUGCUGUUGAAGCUUCAUCUUUAAUAACCAAUACUACCUAUGAGCAGAAAAAUAAUCCAGAGACAUUAACUUGGGAAAAGGAAAAUAGUGUAAUUGUUUUGGAUUCAGCAAGUGAACAAUCAGAAGAAUCUGAAGUUGACGUUGAUAUUUCAGAUUCUGAUGAUCCAACAGAAGAAUGCCUUCGGAUUUUUAAUGAAUUUGCAGAAAGCCAAGCCAACAAAAAUAAAACCCAGAGCAAGUCAGAAGUACCCUGCAGUCCAGUUCAUUUUAACAAGGAACACCUACACCCGAAAUGGAAUGGAACCCCAACACUUGUCAGUGAGAACAAUGUUUUGUUAGAAAUACUUCAUGUUGACCCUCAUAGUAAGACUUACGAGAUGAGUCCCUCUCAUAAAAGGGGAAGGGAGCAGAAGACUACAACACCUUGCCAAAAGAGUGUUCUAGAAAAUCAUUCAGAAGUGGACUUGUCUGACACAAAGGGAAGUGAUUUAGUUCCUGGUCAAAAAAAGCGAAUUGCACAUUCAUCUGCUAAAUGUAACACUAAAAAUCGUUCUAGAAGUACUGUUAAAUCAAACAGUGUACUUGUGCCUUACAGAGAACCUGCUCCCCAGCAAAUACCGCAUGCUAAAAUACUUCAAGUGCAACAACAAGCAGUUCAAAUAACUGCUGCUGUAAAAAGCGGUCAAGCAUUUGUAGCUUCAACACAGAGAAAGUUCACAGGGUGCAUCUCACCAGCCUUUCACAAUUUUGGACAGAUGGUUUGUUUUAAUUUGGUGGAGCUCCAGCCUGUCGUACCAAAUAGGAGCCAAUUCAGUGGUAUCAUUCAAGGAAAUACAGUUGCCACACCGUUAAAAUCUACCCUUCCUCAAAAAAGAACAAUACAGACUACACCAAUAAAGAUUACAAGUCGAAAGAGAACUACUGGAUUAGACACAGGUGCAAAGGUUCCUCAUGACACAAGACAACGCUAUGUAAACUCUUUUGUUGAGGAAUUCCUGAAGGAUUGUACAACUGUUCAGGAAGCAUUUGAAAAGGCCCAGAUAGAAGAGAGAGCUAUUUAUGAUCGUUGUGGAAGCAAGAACAUGUACCUUAACAUAGCUGUAAACAGUCUUAAAAAAUUAAGGGAUCAACGAAAUAUGACUCCAAAUAGUAAAAGCCCAAAAACUAAGAUUAGUAUGUCUGGCGUAAGGAGGCAAGAUGAAAAAAAAUUUUCGGGGAUUAAUCUUUUCAAGAUGCUUAAAGAAUAUUUACUGUCUGAUGAACAGUUAAAGGACUAUGGGUACCCACGACCAAAUGCAGAGAAACCUGGUAGUGCUCUCUUACAUAAUGUGGUUACCAAAACAAUAGUUAGUGAUGCAUUAAGGAGAGUUUGCUGUCGUUGUGGGGAAAUUUAUUCUGUGACGUUGCAAGGAAGGCAUGUACGUAUGGAUGAAUGCACGUACCAUUCUGGAAAAGUUCUCAGACACAAAGUCCCAGGUGGUAUGGAAACACGUUACAAUUGUUGUGAAGCUGUGGUUGGUACUCCAGGAUGCCAAGUUGCAAAGCUUCAUGUUUAUGAUAGCCAAAAAGAAAAUCUGGAUGGCUUUAUAAAGACAUUCCUAAAACUUCAAACAUCAGACGGAAAUCCUGGGGCUUUUUCUCUUGAUUGUAAAACGUGCUACACAACACAUGGAUUGGAGCUAACAAGAGUGACCGUGGUUGACUCCACUCUGCAGGUUAUUUAUGAUACAUUUGUUAAACCAGAUAACGAAAUCCUGGAUUACAACACCAGGUUUUCAGGUGUUACAGAAGAUAAUUUGACAAAUAUAACAACAUCCAUUCGAGAUGUUCAGGCCGUCAUACUUAACUUAUUCAGCUCUGAUACAAUUUUAAUUGGACAUGAGUUAGAAAAUAACCUAAUUGCUCUUAAGCUGAUUCAUGACACAGUUGUUGAUACAUCUGUAGUAUUUCCUCAUCGCUUGGGUUUACCUCAUAGGAGAUCACUCAGGAAUUUAAUGGCUGACUGCCUAAGACGAAUCAUUCAAGAUAACGUAAGUGGCCAUGAUUCUGUUGAAGAUGCCACCGCUUGUAUGGAACUCAUGUUGUGGAAAGUAAAGGAAGAUUCCAAAGGAAGAAGAUAA